CAAUAGCAAGGCGUUGUUUGGGUCCAUACCCCCAGGUCGUGCCAGACGUACACAUUAUUUCUACACGAACGUGUUACAGAGUCGAGCCUGUAUUCGCGCUUCACUAUGAGUAGCCACCAUUUUAAGUACGCAGAGCACGAGAACUUCUGUAGUGCCAUCAAGAAUGGAUUUCUGCCGACUGUACAGGAACACUUACGAAAACCGGGCUCUGAGGUGAAUAUGGUUAUAGACGCCGGCCGAAACGCUCUUCACCUAGCUGCAGAGGCCGGCCGGGAAAAUAUCCUGAGAUAUCUUUUGCAGCAUGGGGCAAAUCCACUGGUUGAAGACGACACAGGUGUCUCACCUCUUCUGAUCGCAAUCUGGCACGGCGACGUCACGUGCGUCAAGGUCCUUCUGGAAUUUGGAGCCGACCCGACAGGCAAGUCACCUGAUGACGAAACGUACGUAGAGUGCGCCAAGGAGAACCCCGAGAUUCAGGCCCUCAUAAAGAAGGCUAUCAAGGAAUGGAAGCGCAUAGUUACUCGUCCAACUGUGUUUGGGCAGAAGAAGUGAGUCCCAUAUGAAGCGCGUGUACAGAUGUAGGGAGAGUUGGCGAUCUCUAGAUGACUUGGGCAGAUCUUGAUGUACCUUAUGUCUUUAUGUUAUUUCUAGACAUUCUCGAUUUCAAUAAAGUAUACCAAAUAAUUAAACGAAAA